UUCCCCAUCGUCGUAGAGCCAGCUGGUUAAUAUGAUAUAGCCCACGCUUUUUCGAUGAAAUUACAAAAUCGAGGUUCUGUCUCUGGGAACAAUCGUCGAAGGCGUGUUUCUUGCGUUGUUUUCUAGAGUUCCCGUUUCAUAGGGAAGUCCCGAUUCGCCACUCCUCGCUCUCUCGCAGUCUCGCGGCCGUGUGGAAGGGCUCAAAACAAUAAAAAGWCUUGGUUUUCUUUUCUAGUCAUCAAAUCUGCAGAUGCUUCUUCAAACCCUAGUUUUACGGCAGCAUCUUUUGGGUUAGCGGCAUUAACAGAUAGGAUAUUGGCAACUUGUUCUGAUAGCAUGGCCACGAAGAUUGACUCAGCAUCUGCAGUUGAACCUCACCAUGUGACCAAAGUAGUCACUACCACUACAUCUUCAACAUCAACUACUGGUCCUAGGGUCUCUAUGUUUGGAGCAAAGUCUGGUUUUGUUAUACCAAAAAACAAAUUAUCGGGUUCCUUAGUUCCUAUUGCACGAGGUGGUGGAAAGCUAGAUACUAGUGAUGCAGCCAAGGAAGAGAGUACCAAGCAGGUACAGAGAAAAACCAAAUGGGGAAUUGAUCUGACACAAGAUGCUAUUGUCCGAAAAGGAAGGGCCUUGGCAUAUCAGACUCGAGUGGAUCAAAUUACACAACAGAUGAAAUCUGGAGUUCUGAAGACUGGAGAUGCCCAAGCCUCAGAAUCACCAGCUGAGGUUCCAACUAUUGAAACAUCUGAUCGUCGGAYUAAUGAUGAGGCACGGAAACAGGAACUUCUGGAACUAGAAAGGCGAGAAGCUAUUGGUGAAAUAUUAAAGUUGAAUCCAAGUUUCAAGGUUCCACCUGAUUACAAGCCAUUGCUGAAAGAGGCCGUGGUUCCUGUCCCUCUUAAAGCAUAUCCGGGAUAUAAUUUCAUAGGCCUAAUAUUGGGAUCUGGGAGCAAUACUCAAAAGCGACUAGAACAGGAAACUGGAUCAAAAAUAAGAAUUCGUGGUAUCAAAGUGGGAACACAGGAGAAGGUUGAAAUUACUCAAUCAGAUGGGAAUGAAGACCCUGGUGCUUAUGAAGAAUUGCAUGUCCAUAUAUCUGCUGACACAUAUGAGAAAGUUGAUGCUGCAGUUUCCUUAAUAGAACUGCUGGUCACCCCAGUAUCUGGGAGUAAGGCUGUGGUUUCCACAACUCCAACUUCAGUUUCUGGGGAGAGUGCAAACAUGUUUGAUCCAAGCCAGAAAGAUGCAAGCAGUGGUUAUAACAUGCCUGUUCCUGCAGUUAAUCAGGGAGUGCUGCAACCAAUUAUGGGAUCCAGUCAACCAGGUCGUCCACAAACUCAAUUUCAGCCAUACCCAACUCCAUGGUUCCCAACAGGCUCACCUAAUGCUCUUACACUUCCGCCUUCUGGCUUCAGCCCCCAUCCAAGUUCUUUGGUCUCCUUGCCCAACAAUCCAGUUCAGGUAUCUCCCUCUCCACUCAAUCCUUCAAACGUCCCUCCAUUUUUUGGAGGUGGCCCUCCUGCUGUAGCCGGGUUUGGCUCUGUUCCAAGGAACCCACAUUUUGCUCCAAGACAACAGCCAUCAAUGCCAGUUUUGCAGCAGCCCUUUCAUGAUGCACGUCCUUUGGGCAAUGUUCCUCCAAGAAACCAUUCCAUGACAGGCCCACAGCCCCCAUCAGCAUAUGCUACUAUGCCAACUCCACCCACUCCUAGUGUACCACUUUCAUUUACUGGUAACCAACCGAGACCUACUGGACCAGCACCUGUGGCAAGACAACCAGUGCCGUCAAUGCCUCAAUUGGCAUCAACAACUCUGUCAGGGCAACAUCCUAACAGACCAUUCAAUCCUGUUGGAAGUUCUGCCGGAUGGYCUACUGUACCUACAGGCCCUCCAGUCCCUCAAGGGCCAGGCAACAUCAUGCAGACAGCUCCACCUCAGAGACCUCCUCCUGCAGUUCCACAGCCUAUUGUUCAAUCAGGAGUUCCUCCACCAAAUGUGCCAUCAAUGGUAUUCAGCGGACCUCCAGCAGGGAAUGUGGUAUCUCCGGCUAGCUUCCCUCCCCGACCUACUCCCCAAUUACCUGGUACUCCAGCUAAUCAUGCAGCUGCUGCACCAACAUUUGCUUCUGCCCAAAUUCAAGUUGUGUCAGGCACUGCAUCAUCAGUUUCUGCUCUACCUGCAGCACCUGCAACGAUGCUAACAUCAUUACCUUCAGCUGGACCAUCACCGGCAUCAGGAUCAUUGCCAUCAACAUCUAGGGCAGCAUCAACACCAAUGCCUCCACCAAUUAUUCCACAAGCACCAUUCUCAAUUGUGACCCAAACAACAGGAGCAAAUUCAGCAUCAGUACCAUCAUCCAUUCAGUCUACACCGAUUGCACCCUCGCAGCCAGUAAAUAUACAUGCUUCUGUACCUAAUCUAUUACAAAACCCUAUGCUUAGUUCUGCACAAGUUCCUCCACCCGUUCCUUUGGCUUCAUCCCAACCACAACCAGGGAUGCCACCUGCUGUUUCUGGAAGCAUACCAAGUUUCACUCCCAUGAAGCCCCCAGUGACAAGUGCUGGAAAUAUUCCACCAGUUACAGCUCCAAAGCCUCAAAGGCCAAGCUCAGGAGACUUCACAUUUCAGCCUAUCAGACUGCCAUCUUCUCAAACAGUUUCAAGGCCAAGCAAUCAACUUGUGCCUCAGAAUACUCCACCGUUGCUACCAAAGUCUUCAAUGCAACACCCACAAGCACCCCAACCGGCACUCCAACCACCUUCAUUCCGGCCAGCCAUGUUCAAUUCAUCACCACAGCCUGGCAUGCAAAAUUUUCCCAGGCCCCAGAUUAACAACCAGAUGGGUAGACCUCAUGCUCCGGUAACAUCAAUAGCACCUGGAUCUGCUAUCCCCUUUGCUGGUAGCCCAACUGCUAUCCCACCACCACCGCCCCCUAGAAUCCCAGCAUCUCUGAAUCCACAUCAUGUUGUGUCUACUCCUUCCCAAGUGGGACCACGGAGCUUUGGUUCAGCAUCUCAUAUCCCUGGUCCGUUGCCCCUUCGACCGCUGAAUCCACUAUUGCAGCAGCAGAAUCAGCCAGGUCCAGCUCCAACUAAUCGACCAGGAAACCCCUCGUUUCAAAUCCACCAGUUUAACAGCAGUCUGUCCUUUUCUUCUGGUAAGUCGAUUUCCACUCCUGGUGGAAACCAAAUAUAUGAUCCAUUCUCACCCACUUCGGUAUCUUCCCGACAAGGGGACUCUCCAGCAAAGGCAAGGAAACAGGAGAAUGACCCGGAGUACGAGGAUUUAAUGGCCUCAGUUGGUGUGCGAUGAUCUAUUAGACUGAAAUUUCAGAGUUACUGCUAACGUACGAGCUAAGAAAGAAAAUUGGAGGAUAUUCCGUGAUAAGUUUUUGUCGAUCCAGGUAUACCGGGAAUCUCAAGGAGUUGGGCUAGAAAAAUAAAGUAGGAAGUAGGAACAAACGAUGCCGCACUUAAUUGAAAACUGAUUUUAUUUGUAUGGUGCUCUGUUUGUGGAUUGGUAGAGCUCUGAAGUUUUAUAAAUUGUGUCAACUGUUAUUGUACCUUGCAUCCAUGAUCCGUCCAUGGUGAGCCGAAUUGAAUAUAGAUUUGAUAUAGGGGUUAGGGGUC